UUCUGCAGGAUAGCGUAGUUGACAUCGGCGGUUCUAGCUUGAGUGAAGCGCGCUGAAGACGACACGCAAGCGUAUUUUCGAAGAACUUUGUAACUCGUAGCCUGCUGGGCACGUUUAUGAAAUCGAACACUUUGAAAUCCUCAUUAUUUUGUUGGUUAGUCGUUAUUUGAUGAACAAAUGCCACACGGGACUGUCGAUGGGACUUCUGCAAACUAUUCCGAGCAGUAAGCUAGCAACUAAACUAUCCCCGACAGUCAGGAUUAUUUAUGCAACACUGUGACGAAGAAAAUGAUUAGCUGGCUAGGCUAACUUUUAGCCAAGGGUGUAGUUGCAAGUUACCAAUUCUGAACUGAGGAGUGCUUUGGAUAAUAGUCAUACAAUCUGCGUGUUUAAGUGAGUUUAAGUACGAUUGGACCGAAGAACUGAAGCAAACAAGGAAUUUCACCCUGGUCGUGGGUUGCUCCCACCAAGCCGGGUGAAUUGCGGAGACUGGCCGGUGCCAAAAGAUCUACUUGGUGUCGUUGAUGAGGCGACAAUGCUCGAAAUUAUGUCUGAGCAUCAAGAUUCAUUACUGAAGUGUAAAUCAGAGUCUCUGCCUCCAGAGAGGAGGAAGAGGACUGUGGAGGACUUCAACAAGUUCUGCAGUUUCGUACUUGCUUAUGCUGGUUACAUCCCCUCCCAGAAAGAGGAGAGCUCCUGGUCGCCGACCUCGUCCAGCUCCCCACACAGCUCCGGGGCGUCGGGAGAAGGAGGCAGCACGGCGCUGGGGAGCAGCUGGAGGGAGGGUUCCUCGGAUCUCCACACCAUCCACACAUUCGUCCGCAAGGCUCGCUCCAACAAGGGCUCCAGCAAGAGCAUGCGCCGCCUGCCCUCCGACAGCACCCUGUUGGACAAAAUGCGUCUGAAGGACUCACUAUACGACAGCCACAUGACCCCGUCGGGAAACAAGUCGGCCGAGCGCAAAAAGGACAAGAAGCUGAAGCGCGUGUCGGGAGGCGGGCCAGAGAGCAGCAGUGGCAGCGGCGGCGAAAAGCGUGCGCGCAUCAAGCGCAGCCACAACCCCAAACCAAACAAGGUGCUGAAGAAGGCCAAGAGCCCGUCUCAGAGCGAGACAGACUCGGAGCAGGGCAUGGGGGAGUCUCGGCAGAGGCGGCCCGAACUCAUGGGUGACAGAGGAGCGCCAUCGUCAACCAUGGCUGCCAGCACGGUAAAGAUGGAGAGGGACGCGGAGAUGAGCUCCAGUGAAGGAGAGGCGUGGAUUGCAGAUGAAGACAUUAUGGUUGAGUCAGGUGAUGACUCCUGGGACUUAAUCACCUGCUAUUGUGGGAAGCCCUUUGCUGGAAGGCCCAUGAUUGAAUGCAACCAGUGCGGUGUGUGGGUACACCUGUCUUGUGCUAAAAUUAAGAAAUCCAACGUACCAGACAUCUUUUACUGCCACAAGUGCAGGGACUGUCGAAGGUCCAGCGGACACAAGAAAGACCCUUAAAAUAUUGCAAGUGCUGAGAAUUAUCUGGGAGUUUCACUGCAUUUAAAAAUCCUUGUUUAGAAGGAGAAUGUUUCUGUUUGUGUUUUUAUUUUUGUUUGAAUGAGUACAACUGUUUGGUAACCCCUAUCUGGCUCCAGGCUGUCAACCUGAAAACAACAUGAUUCACUUAAGUCAUAUUGAAGAAGGAAAAAAGAUCCAGAUUUAGACAAUCACUGUCCUGCCGAAACACAAAGUUGAUGUGUAGCUAUUGUUAAAUAGAAGACAAAACAAUUAGGAAUUCACUGCUCAUAGCUGUUUCCCUGGACUCGGUAACAAAGUUUAUAACCCACAAUUUGCCACAGUUUUACAGAUUGUCUCCAUAAUGCAAACAUUUCCUGUGCACUAACAGCAGAACUUGGUGCUUUGACUUGAGUCUUUCAGUAAAUGGCAAAAGAUUUCCCACAAGUUUCUGCCGCUGAAUGACUGCACGGGUCUUUGACGAAGCUCUCUUCAUGGGUUUGUAGUAGGUUUACAUCUGUGCUGACCUGCUGGGAGUGGUGAAGGACCCUAUCAGCGCUGUGCGUGUGUUUUUUAUUUUUCAUUUUCCGUAUCAAAUAUCAAUGGCAUUUGAAGUGCAUAAAAGGGAAGUUCCAUGUACUUGGGUUAUCUUGACAGCUUUCAUAAAAAGUCAACAUUUUUGUAGAGGCACAACACAAGACGCUCGAUUCUGGUACCAUUUUUAACUCAAUCCCAUCAAUUUGCUUUCAUCAGUUUUCCCUUGCCUGAAAGGGACAAAGACCAGUGAUUUCAAGACAUGUAUUUAAUUGAUACUAAAAAUCUUCAGCAUGUUUUUGGUGUUUUGAUUUUCUCCCCUCCCCCUUGCAGCUGCUAACAUGGAAUACUGGCUACCAACCUUUUUGUUGCAUUUUAACAUUUUUCGUUUUGUUUUUGAGCUGAUAAUUGUUUUAUAUGCCGGUCUCGAGAUGGCACUUACCAACUUGUAAAGCCUGCAUAGGUCGCGGCAAAGAGAGGGCCCUUCAGUUGGAUUUCAUUAUUCUGUAUCUGCAAGGCAGUUUUUAUAAGACUGCUGUUUAUGACUGCACUGGUUGAGUUCUCACCUGGACACGAACCAGGCAAGCUGUUAAAAAAAAAAAUCUGUCCCGUUUUUGUUUAGGUUGCAUAGACUUGGCAUGUUGUGGGAGAGUAUUUCUUAAAAAGGCGGAUUGCAGCCUAAAUUGGCACCCUGUGGAUGUCAUUUAGGCUGUCAACACAUUUCUGCAUGGUUCGUUGUAAUGAAGUUGUUUUGUUUGGGGUUUUUGUUUUGUUUUUAUUUCUGUCCGAUGCCAAGUUGCACCCACCACCACCCCCAAAGUCUGACAGCCCUGCAUCCAUCCCCAUGAUGCUAUGGGUUGUCUUUAUCAACUAGUUGAGACUAGAAUAUUUCGUGUACAGUAAAAGUUAAAAAGUUUAUGGCACUCAAGAGUGUUGUGGCAUUAAGUCCAUUAAGUCUCUUUUUUUUGUAUAAGUUUUGUUUGUAGGAGAGGUGUGGUUAUAGUAGAGUCCGCCACCCUUUUGACCCACUGUAUAUAUACCUUGUCCUAUUAAAGAACUGUACAUACAAGAGUGAGAAUAGAAGAUGGCCAAGCAAAAAGGUUAUAUUUUUGGCGUCUUAUUUCUUUAAAAGUAGCUUGGGAAAUAAUAAGACAAAUAAAUCUUUCUUUUCAAUGCA